AUGGGAAGCGUCUCCCAAGCCACAUCUCGUGUCACCUUCAACAAGCCCUUAAUUGCUGACCACCAUCAACAAUGGAUGACUCGAUUCUCCCGAGUUUAUACCAACGAGCUUGAGAAAAAGAUGAGGUUCGACGUGUUCAAGAAAAACCUGAAAUUCAUUGAGGAAUUUAAUAAGAAGGGAGAUAAAUCCUACAGGCUUGGUGUCAACGAGUUUGCGGAUUGGACCGAAGAAGAGUUCAUUGCCACACACACCGGUCUCAAGGGCAUCAACAAAAUUUCACCAUCUGAAUUUUACGAUGAAAUGAUACCUUCUUGGAAUUGGAACGUCAGUGAUGUUGCCCGUGAGACCAAAGAUUGGAGAUCCGAAGGAGCUGUAACACCUGUUAGAUACCAAGGCCAAUGCUGUUAA